CCCAUCUCUUCCUCUUCUCCCCAAGCCUCGGUCAAGGUCAUGGGGUUGAGUUCUGGAGGCCAGUGAGGCUCCUCAGCAGUGGCCAAUCCCCCUUCCUGGGUGGGGAGGGGAGAAGCAACCAGGAAGACUGAGAGACAUUGUUCUAGAACAUUCUGCUUUUCCUUUUACCUUGUCUUUCUCUCUGCUGUAAACAAAUUUCGAAGGAACAUUCAGGGGCACCCGCUGCCGGUCCAGAAUUGAAGAGGUUUGAUUGUGAAGCCAUGCUCAGCACACAGGCACCUUUCUUCCCCACGGCCCCCUUCAUCCUCUUCGUCUUCACGGCUUCCACCGUAUUUCACCUUCAGCAGAAGCUAGCGAAGAUUCAGCCCACACGGGAGUUACAGACGCUGGAGCCAGCAACCAAGGAAUCUCCCUCGAGCACCCAGUGGAGCCCGCAGCCGAAGGGCAUGUGGACGGUCAAUGCCAUAGGCCGCCUGGGGAACCAGAUGGGGGAGUACGCCACCCUGUACGCCCUGGCCAAGAUGAACGGGCGGCGGGCCUUCAUCCCACCCCAGAUGCACAGCACGCUGGCCCCCAUCUUCAGAAUCACCCUCCCCGUCCUGCACGACACCACGGCCAGCAGGAUCCCCUGGCAGAACUACCACCUGAACGACUGGAUGGAGGAGCGGUACCGACACAUCCCGGGCGAGUACGUGCGCCUCACCGGCUACCCCUGCUCUUGGACCUUCUACCACCACCUCCGUGCCGAGAUCCUGCAGGAGUUCACCCUGCACGACCACGUGCGCGAGGAGGCCCAGAACUUUCUGCGGGGUCUGCAGGUGAAUGGGAGCCGGCCGAGCACCUACGUAGGGGUCCAUGUGCGCCGGGGGGACUACGUCCACGUUAUGCCCAACGUGUGGAAGGGCGUGGUGGCCGACCGGCGAUACCUGGAGCAGGCCCUGGACUGGUUCCGGGCUCGCUACCGCUCCCCCAUCUUCGUGGUCACCAGCAACGGCAUGGCCUGGUGUCGGGAAAACAUUGAGGCCUCCCACGGGGAUGUGGUCUUUGCCGGCAAUGGCAUUGAGGGCUCACCCGCCAAGGAUUUUGCAUUGCUCACGCAAUGUAAUCACACCAUCAUGACCAUUGGAACGUUUGGGAUCUGGGCCGCCUACCUCUCAGGCGGAGAGACCAUCUACCUGGCCAAUUAUACCCUCCCAGACUCUCCCUUCCUCAAAGUCUUUAAGCCAGAGGCAGCCUUCCUGCCAGAGUGGAUUGGGAUUGCGGCAGACCUGUCCCCACUCCUCAAGCACUGAUGUUAUCUGGUCCUCAGCACUCCAUUCUCCUUUUCUGGCUCCCCCAAGAUCUGUUCCAAGGUAUGAGGAGCACAUUAUUACAUGUUCCAGAACACCUCCCUCUUGUACCAUAAUGCUUCAGGCUGCAAGUAACAGAAGUCCCAAUUAACUUGUUUAAAUAACAUGUUCAUGUGUCUCACACAACAGGACCAGAGGUGGCACAUCUCCAGGGUUAAUUUAGCAGCUCAACAAGACCCCAGUUCUGGGACUUCCCUGGUGGCACAGUGGUUAGGAGUCUGCCUACCAAUGCAGGGGACAUGGGUUCGAGCCCUGGUCCAGGAAAAUCCCACAUGCUGCUGGAGCGGCUAAGCCCAUGCGCCACAACUACUGAGCCUGCACUCUAGAGCCCGCGAGCCACAACUACUGAGCCUAUGUGCCACAACUACUGAAGCCUGCGUGCCUGGAGCCCAUGCUCCUCAACAAGAGAAGCCACCACAAUGAGAAGCCCACGCGUGACAGUAAAGAGUAGCCCCUGCUCACCGCAACCAGAGAAAGCCCGUGCACAGCAAUGAAGACCUA